AUGGUGCUGGUGGCUUUGUUGGGGCUCAGCUGGUUCUGCUUGCCCUUGGGAGCUCUUGUUCUGGACUUCAAUAACAUCAAGAGCCCUGCAGACAUGCAAGGAGCUUGGAAGGGCUCACAGUGCAUGUCAGACAAGGACUGCAGUGCCAGAAAAUUCUGCCUCAUGCCCCGUGAUGAGAAGCCACUCUGUGCCACAUGCCGGGGGGUGCGGAGAAGGUGCCAGCGAAGCGCCAUGUGCUGCCCAGGGACACUCUGUGUGAAUGAUGUAUGUACUUUGAUAGAAGAUGUAACCUCAAUAUUGGAAAGAAAGACUGAUGACCAAGAUGGCACAAAACAAACAACUGAGCAUCCAAUUGAAGAAAACAAACACAAGAAGAAGCCAAAUAUUAAGAAUUCACACGGCAGUAAGGGACAAGAGGGAGAAAGCUGUCUUAGAACUUUUGACUGUGGCCCUGGACUUUGCUGUGCUCGUCAUUUUUGGACAAAAAUUUGUAAACCAGUCCUGUUAGAGGGGCAAGUCUGCUCUAGGAGAGCACAUAAAGAUACUGCACAAGCUCCAGAAAUCUUCCAGCGCUGUGACUGUGGUCCUGGACUAUUAUGUCGAAGUCAAGUGACUGGCAAUCGACAGCAUGCAAGGUUAAGAGUAUGCCAAAAAAUAUGA